AUGAAAGAAGCCCUCAGGGAAAAUUCAGAAGAACCUGCGAUGAAGGAAGUUAUUGAAGACCCUGAUGGUGAAGGCCUAAACAAAUUUUUCGCCCAAGCCUGCUAUUCAUGUGGAGAAGAAGGACAAUUUUCAAAGUAUUGCAAGAAGGAAAGCCAAGAGUAUCUCAGAGGCUUCCCGACAGCAGAAGUGAAGUUUGACCCUCAGGAAAUAGAAGCUCUGAUCAUUAUGGAGAAAUCCAGGAAGAGAAAACGAAGGCAUCCCCAGAACAACCCAAUUUCUGCAGAGAAGGACCUGAGUCAUAUCACUUGUUACAGGUGCAAGGAUUUAGGUCAUUACGCUAAUAAAUGUCCAGAAAAGAAGCCUAGAAUCCAAAGAGCCUACAUAAUCGCAAAGAAGCCCCGAGACAUGUCGGAAGUCAUUUGUUUUCGCUGCAAGGAACCGGGACAUUUGGCUAGGGAAUGUUCAGAUCAGAUGAAGGCUGGAGCUGAGUAG